AUGGAUCCCACUCAAGCGGCUCCCGAUGUAGAGAAGGGCUCGGUUACUGGCUAUGCUGGAUUGGCAAACAAUACAGUCGCCAGCUACAGCUGGGACAACGUCACUGUCACUGUCAAAGACCGCCAAACAAAAUCACCUAAGCAGAUCCUGUCAUCUGCCUCUGGCAUCGUCAAAGCUGGCGAGCUCCUUGCUCUCAUGGGCCCCAGUGGUUCUGGAAAGACGACACUGCUAAAUGUAUUGGCUCACCGCGAUGCGACCUCGGGUGCCCGCGUGGAUAAGUCACUAUACGUCAACGGCCGAAACGUGCCACUACAGAAGUUUCGCAAGCUCUCGUCAUUCGUCGAGCAGGAAGAUGCUCUUUUGGGAGCUUUGACUGUUGAGGAGACAUUGAACUUCGCAGCCAAACUCUCUCUGCCGAGCUCUGUGACAAAAACUGAACGCCUUGCCCGAAUUCAAGCUCUGAUGGGCUCCUUUGGUCUUCGAAAUCAGGCAAAGACUCUGAUCGGUACACCAAUCCGCAAGGGCAUCAGCGGCGGACAGAAACGGCGUGUGAGCGUAGCAUCCCAGCUCAUCACGAGCCCCAAGAUUCUGUUCCUGGAUGAACCUACCAGUGGACUGGAUAGCGCGGCAAGCUAUGAAGUCAUCUCAUUCGUCCGCGACAUUGCACGCGAGAACAACUUGAUCGUUAUUGCUUCUAUCCACCAGCCUUCGACUUCGACGUUUGACCUGUUCGACAAGUUGUUGCUGCUCUCACAAGGAAAGACCAUCUACAAUGGCCCAAUCACUACCAUGAGCCACUACUUCGCGGCCUUGGGCUACCCUAUUCCUGUGUACACAAACCCUGCCGAGUUCAUCAUUGAUCUGGUCAAUACGGACUUUGCCCGUGAUCGCGGCAAAGCGGACCAACAGCUGAGAGACCUACAAGGCAAAUGGAGCGGCUCAGACCAGGCCAAGGAGAUUAAGGUGGACGUCGAGAAUGAGGUCAAUGACGCUACCAGAUCGGGCGACGAAAGUUCCUCUGAGCAGACAGGCACUGCCAACCCGCUGCGGAUACCCCUGACCCUUACCCACCGUUCCCUCAUCAAGAGUUACCGGGACGUCAUUGCUUACGGCAUCCGCAUUGCUAUGUACAUGGGCCUCGCCAUCCUCAUGGGCACUGUAUGGCUCAGGCUUAAUACAGAACAGAAGAAUAUCCAAGCUUUCACCAACGCCAUCUUUUUUGGCGGAGCCUUCAUGUCCUUCAUGGCCGUCGCCUACAUCCCCUCCUUCCUCGAGGACCGCGCUCUCUUCGUCAAGGAGCGCGCCAACGGCCUCUACGGACCCACCGCCUUCAUGGUCGCCAACUUCAUCACCGGCGUGCCCUUCCUCUUCAUCAUCACCAUCGUCUUCUCCGUCAUCUCCUACUGGCUCUCCAACUUCCAGCCCACCGCCACCGGCUUCUGGAACUGGGUCAUGUGGCUCUUCCUCGACCUGCUCGCCGCCGAGUCCCUCGUCAUCCUCAUCUCCGCGCUCGCCCCCGUCUUCGUCAUAGCGCUCGCGGCGACGGCCUUUGCCAACGGCUUGUGGAUGAGCGUCGGCGGCUUCAUGGUCGCGCCGAAGGAUUUGAACGUCUUUUGGAGGUACUGGGCGCACUAUUCGGAUUACCAGAGCUACGUGUUUCAGGGGAUGAUGGUGAAUGAGUUUGAGCAUAGGACGUACAGCUGUGGUCAAGACUGCAGGUGCAUGUACGCGAGUGAGCUGGAGGAUCAGUGCAAGAUUGCCGGUACCGCAGUGUUGAGGUCGUAUGGUUAUGCGACGGAUAAGAAGGGCGAGUGGGUUGGCAUUCUGAUCGCCAUUGUGUUUGCGUAUCGGCUACUGGGGUGGGUUGCGUUGUAUUUGAGGAAGACUUGA